CCCCGGCGAGAUCGAGAUCUGGGAGGGGUUGGUCACAUUCGCCUGCUUCCCAUUGACCGUCUUCACCGCAUGGAUUGCUGACAUCAAAAUCAUCCAGCACCGUUUCCUACCUCGUAAAUAUCGACGUGGCUCGCACGCGAUGGUCGCCACAGAGGGCGAAGAGAUGAAGAUGCUUGAGGAUCAAGACCCGGCCGUACGCGCCUUUGAGGAACAUCGACAGGAGUUCAUCGAGUUGAUGCGUGAGAUCAGGAAGCGAAAUCCACAUAUCACCCCGUUGGACUUGCAGAAACAGGCCGAGUAUGAAAUGAUCAGCCGCGGGCCCAAAUCGCGUGCUUUCUACCGCGUCCAGGCGACGCGGCGUCUUGUCGGCGGUGGUGAUCUGGUCAAGAAGCGUCUCGAAAAAGAGCAUAACAAGGCUCUCGAUUCCGCUCAAGAGAAACAUCUCCGCGACAACACCUGCAAAAUCUAUUUCGACCCGGCCCACUACACAGUGCUUGAGAAUGUCGGAACUUUCGAUGUCGUGGUUGGAAAGGACGGCGGCCCCGAGGGAUUGACCGUCAUGGUUGACUACUUCACAGAGGAUGGAUCGGCCAAUGCCGGCUCGGACUACAUCCCCGUCAAGGGUACGCUGACAUUCUACCCAGAAGACAAGCACCAGCGAAUCACGAUCGAGAUCGUUGAUGAUGAUGUAUUCGAAGAGGACGAGCACUUCUACCUUCACUUGAAGAACCUACGCGUGCGCACAAAGGAAGGACUGAUUCUGGACCCUUCGAGCAUCGGCGGGCUGCCGGUUGCUCAGUUGGAGAUGCCAGCCACGGCGACCAUCAUGAUCCUUGAUGAUGACCACGCCGGAGUGUUCUCCUUCGAGCAUGAUCACUUCCAAGUCGUUGAGUCUUGCGGUCAUCUACAGCUGCGCGUGCAGCGUCAUUCCGGGUGCCGCGGGAAAGUCGUGCUGCCGUUCAGGACCAUCGACGGGUCAGCGCGGGGCGACAAAGAUUUCGAAUCGAAAGAGGGCGAAGUCGUUUUUGAAGACAACCAGACCGAGGCAUUCAUCGAGCUCGGCAUCGUCGACAGCGAGCAGUACGAGCGUACCGAUAACUUCUACAUUGAAUUAGGCGCACCGAUUUGGGCGAAGAAGAUGUCAGAUCUCUCGAAGGUGCAAGAGCGCUUCCAACGUCGUAUGCAGAAGAAGCGCGCCGCAUCUAAUGGCACCACUGGCACUGACCCAACCGCCGACGACGAUAUCAGCGACUGCGCAGAUGAAGCGAUCGCAAUGGGACUGACCGACGAUCAGCUGCAGAUUGCUGAGCUUGGAAAGCCGCGGCUCGGCGACCAUCUCCGCUGUCAAAUCACCAUCAAGGAGAGCAAAGAGUUCCAGGGCAUCAUCGACCGAAUGAUCAAAAACGCGAACACAAAGUUGAUGCUGGGAACGUCUUCGUGGAGGGAACAGUUCAUCGAGGCCCUCUCCGUCGAGGCCGGCGACGAUGACGACGGAGAUGAGGAAUGUGGGGAUGAAGCUGACGAGAUCAGUGAGAAACAGCCUCCGAGCUGCUUCGACUAUUUCAUGCACUUCCUGACGGUGCCGUGGAAACUGGUGUUUGCCACCAUUCCACCCACUGAUUAUUGGGGUGGCUGGGCUUGCUUCGUUGUUGCAAUCGCCAUGAUCGGCGUGUUGACGGCCUUGAUUGGUGAUCUCGCAUCCCAAUUUGGUUGCUGGGUGGGGCUGAAGGAUGCGGUGACUGCCAUCUCCUUCGUCGCGCUGGGCACUUCAGUACCAGAUACGUUCGCCUCAAAGGUGUCCGCAGUACAGGACAAAUACGCUGAUAACUCAAUCGGCAACGUCACCGGCUCAAACGGCGUCAACGUGUUCCUCGGAAUCGGAAUCGCAUGGUCGAUGGCGGCAAUCUAUCAUGCCCUCAAUGGCUCACGCUUCCUUGUCGACCCGGGAAACCUUGGCUUCUCGGUGGCUCUGUUCUGCGUCGAAGCCCUUUUCUGCAUCGCCGUAAUCGUUUUGCGACGCAACAAAUACGUCGGCGGAGAGCUGGGUGGCCCCGUCGUUUUUAGGAUUUUCACCUCGGGUCUUUUCACGUUUCUCUGGCUGUUCUACUUGCUGAUGUCGGCCCUCGAGGCGUACUGCGUGAUCGCCGGAUUC